AUGGGAGCUAACAAGGACAAGAAGGCCGAAUAUUUCUCCAAGCUCAAGCAGCUGCUUGAGGAGUACAAGUCUGUCUUCAUCGUUGGUGUCGACAACGUCUCUUCUCAGCAAAUGCACGAGAUUAGAAAGGCUCUUAGACAAGAUGCCGUCGUUCUUAUGGGUAAGAACACCAUGGUGAGAAGAGCCCUGAGAGGAUUCAUUGCCGAGAACCCAGACUACGAAAAGCUUAUGCCUUUCGUCAGAGGUAACGUCGGAUUUGUUUUCACCAACUCUGAUCUGAAGACCAUCAGAAACGUUAUCUUGGAGAACAAGGUUGCUGCUCCAGCCAGAGCCGGUGCCAUUGCCCCAGCCGAUGUGUUUGUUCCAGCUGGUAACACUGGUAUGGAGCCAGGUAAGACCUCCUUCUUCCAGGCUUUGGGUGUUCCAACCAAGAUUGCCAGAGGUACCAUUGAGAUUACCACUGACGUUAAGAUCUUGACCAAGGACCAGAAGGUCGGACCUUCCGAAGCUGCUCUCUUGAACAUGCUGAACAUCUCGCCUUUCACGUACGGUUUGACCGUUGUGCAAGUCUACGACGACGGCCAGGUGUUCCCAUCGUCCAUUCUGGACAUCACCGAUGAGGAGUUGGUCGGCCACUUUGUCUCUGCCAUCUCCACCAUCACCCAGAUCUCGCUGGCUGCUGGCUACCCAACCAUCCCAGCUGUGUCCCACCAGAUCAUCAACAACUACAAGAACAUCCUUGCUCUUUCCGUUGCUACUGAUUACACUUUCGAGGGAUCUGAGGCUAUCAAGGACAGAAUUGCCAACCCAGACGCUUAUGCUGCUGCCGCUCCAGCCGCUGCUGCUUCCUCUGCCCCAGCCGAGGAGGCCACUGCUGCUGCUGCCGAGGAGGAGGAGGAGUCUGACGACGACAUGGGAUUCGACUUGUUCGGUUAG